ACCUCCAAAUUACAUUACUCUCUCUUAUGCGUUUGCAGCCAACAGACCUGGAAAAAAGACUUUGUCUUGGAGCUAACUCCUGAGCAUUCUGAGAUCAUUCAUCAUGAAGUAUGUAGUGCAGGAAUGGCUCAGAGUAACUACCUUGCUAUUCAUAGCUCAAGCAGUUUCUGCAAUGGUUCUUCCCAAUGCCACGCUCUUAGAGGAACUUUUGGAAAAAUACAUGGAUGAAGAUGGUGAGUGGUGGAUCGCCAAGCAGAGAGGGAAAAGGGCUAUCACAGACAGUGAUAUGCAAAGUAUCUUGGAUCUUCAUAAUAAAUUACGGGGUCAGGUGUAUCCACCAGCUUCCAAUAUGGAAUAUAUGACAUGGGAUACAGAACUGGAGAGAUCUGCAGAAUCAUGGGCUGAAACGUGUCUGUGGGAGCAUGGGCCUGCAAGCCUCCUUCCGUCCAUCGGACAGAAUUUGGGUGCACACUGGGGAAGGUACAGACCUCCAACAUUUCAUGUCCAAGCAUGGUAUGAUGAAGUGAGAGAUUUCACAUAUCCACAUCCUCAUGAAUGCAACCCAUAUUGUCCUUACAAAUGCUCUGGUCCUGUUUGUACACAUUAUACACAGGUUGUUUGGGCUACAAGUAGCAGAAUAGGUUGUGCAAUUAAUUUGUGUCAUAACAUGAACAUCUGGGGACAGAUUUGGCCAAAAGCAGUCUAUCUUGUAUGCAAUUAUUCUCCUAAAGGUAACUGGUGGGGACAUGCUCCUUAUAAGCCUGGUCGUCCUUGUUCUGCAUGUCCCCCUAGUUUUGGAGGAGGUUGCAGAGAAAAUCUUUGUUACAGAGAAGAUUCAGAGAGACCUUAUUCUCCUCAUGAGCCAGAAGAGGAAACCAAUGAGAUUGAACGGCAACGAUCCAAAGCCCAAGAUGCAACAGCACAAAGCCGACCAAGAACUCAUUCACCUUCAGGCUCCACAGGCAGUGAGGACACUGAGAAAAAUGAAGUAAUAAGCACACAGCAAAUGUCUCAGAUUGUUUCAUGUGAAGUAAGGUUAAGAGAUCAGUGCAAAGGAACAACUUGCAAUAGGUAUGAAUGUCCUGCCGGCUGUUUGGAUAGCAAAGCCAAAGUUAUUGGAAGUGUACAUUAUGAAAUGCAAUCCAGUAUUUGUAAAGCUGCAAUACAUUAUGGGAUCCUAGACAACGAAGGUGGUUGGGUUGAUGUCACAAGGCAAGGAAGAAAAAAUUACUUCAUCAAAUCUUACAGAAAUGGCAUUCAAUCAAUUGGAAAAUACCAAUCCGCUAAUUCCUUCACAGUCUCUAAAGUAACAGUUCAAGCUAUCACCUGUGAAACAACAGUGGAACAAUUGUGCCCAUUUCAAAAACCAGCUUCACACUGUCCAAGAGUGUAUUGUCCUCACAACUGUAUGCAGGCAAAUCCACACUAUGCUCGAGUCAUUGGAACACGAAUUUAUUGUGAUAUAUCCAGUAUCUGCCGGGCAGCUGUACAUGCUGGCGUAGUCCGCAACGAGGGUGGCUAUGUUGAUGUUAUGCCAGUAGACAAAAGAAAACUGUACAUUGCUUCCUUCCAAAAUGGCAUAUUUUCAGAAAGGUACAGAGCUCAUUUUCUAAUAUUACUGUUUACUCUUCACCUUGAUAAGAUAAUAAAGUCUUGCGUUAUAUCUGUUUGCACCUGUGGCACAGCUAGUAACCAUUAGGCCAACAUGGGUGAU